AUGAUUGACCAGUCGAAUCGAGCAGGUUUUCUUCUUGAUCCUUCAGUGAGCCAAGGAGCAGCAUACAGUCCCGAGGGCCAACCAAUGGGCAGCUUCGUGCUGGACGGUCAGCAGCACAUGGGGAUCCGACCGGCUGGUCUGCCGGGCAUGCCGGGGGAAUACGUACCUCAGAUCAGUCCUGUGGGCAUGAGCAUGGCCCCACCUACUUACACCCACCCCCAUCCGAUGACUCCUCACCCCUCCCAGCUCCGACACGGGCCCCCUCUCCACACGUAUCUACCUGACCAUCCGCACCAUCCCCACCACGCCAUGCUGAUGCACGGAGGACCGUCGUCACACCCAGGAAUGACCAUGUCUGCACAGAGACCCCCUCUGCUCACUCCCAUUGACCCCAGUACUGGAGGACAAGGCCUGGACAUCCAUGCCCAAUAG